GAUGAAAAAAAGAAGAAGGCUGUUCUUAAAUUUGACAACGCAUAUGUGGAGCUUAGGUUGUUUUUGAUUUUGGUUCUUUCGGUUCGUCCAAAAAUUAAGUGAUUGCGUGGAGGUUGUUCUCAUUUUACAAAAAUGAACAUACAGAAGGAGUACAUUUCCCAGGCCGAGGAUAUAGCGGAUCAGGUUCAAAGAAAAUUGAAGCACAUCUUGCCGACAUUAGCAAGAUUGUGUUUAAUAUCAACAUUUUUUGAGGACGGUUUGAGAAUGUGGGUACAAUGGAACGAACAAAGGGAGUAUAUGGACAUGUCUUGGGGAUGUGGGAAGUUUUUGGCCACAGUCUUUGUUCUUAUAAACCUUAUUUUCCAAUUGGGUGGCUGUGCAAUGGUUAUAGUUAGGUAUAGAGUGAAUAUUGGGUGCAGCAUUUUGUUUUUUAUCGUCGUUUUACAGACAUUGGCAUAUAGCAUCCUUUGGGAUUUACAGUUUCUUUUGAGGAACUUAGCUUUAGUCGGAGCAUUGCUCUUGGUUUUGGCAGAGAGUAGAGGAGAAGCAAAGAGUCUGUUUGCAGGGGUUCCCUCAUUAGGAGACAACAAGCCCAAAAACUAUUUACAAUUUGCUGGAAGAGUGCUCCUUGCUUUUAUGUUUGUCACAUUGCUUAGGUUUGAAUUUAGUUUCCUGCAGAUCCUUCAAGAUCUUUUGGGGUCUGCACUGAUGGUGUUAGUAACAGUAGGAUACAAGACAAAAUUGUCAGCACUGAUUUUAGUAGUUCUUUUGACAUUGCUGAACUUCUACCACAAUGCUUGGUGGACUGUGCCAGAUUACAAACCUCUCCGAGACUUCCUCAAAUAUGACUUCUUUCAGACUUUAUCAGUAAUAGGAGGUCUCCUAAUGAUAGUUUAUUUAGGCCCUGGUGGGGUAUCGAUGGAUGAGCACAAAAAGAAGUGGUAACAGGGCAUAAUAUAUGGUGUCACAAAAAUAGAAUUAGUUAUUUUCACGACUCCCACUUUUUUUUAUGUCACAUGACUGUUGUAUUGUACUUUAUUUAUGAGAUAGACUUUUUUAUUGAAAUUGGGUUAUGUGGUCAGAGCGUGAGUGAUAAUAGCGGGUAUCAGUUUUUUUGAAUUGCUUAAUGGUUAUUUAAAUUUUUUUGAGUACUUUUCAUUGGGCUUUGAUGCAAAAACUGGUACCCAUUUGUUUUUAUACAUUCAAAACUGCAAUGUUUAGAUUUUAUUUUACUUUUUUUGCAAAUUGUAUAUAUAUUUUAUGUAGAUAAGUAUAAUGUUGCUGUUAAGAUUGACCACCGAGAUGUUUCUCAAGAAUUAAUCAUGGAAAGGAGCAUUUGACUCCCGAAAUAUGUCCUACCUAUAAGCUCAAAAUAUUUAUCUUCCAUUUUUAUGUUAAAAUGCGCGAAGAGGAACUGUAUCACACUGAUUAUUUGACAACUAAUAAAUACAUAUUUUUUGCUAGAAA